AUGGCGGACCGAUAUUCAUUUUCCCUCACGACUUUCUCCCCCAGUGGGAAACUUGUCCAAAUAGAAUAUGCCCUCAACGCAGUCAACCAAGGUGUGACUUCAUUAGGCAUAAAAGCAACAAACGGCAUCGUGCUUGCAACAGAGAAAAAAUCCUCCUCUCCUCUCAUCGAUCCUCCUUCCUUAUCCAAAGUAUCUCUCAUCACCCCCAACAUCGGAAUGGUCUACAGUGGCAUGGGUCCCGACUACCGAGUCCUCGUCGACAAAGCGCGAAAAGUCUCACAUACUAACUACAAGCGUAUCUACAACGAAUACCCCCCAACCCGGAUAUUAGUCCAAGAUGUGGCGCGGGUGAUGCAAGAAGCUACACAGUCCGGCGGUGUAAGGCCGUACGGCGUCAGUCUGCUAAUAGCCGGAUGGGACGAUGGGAUUGAACCGGAAACAAAGGAGGCCAAGGAAGGUGAAACCGAAGCAGAGGCAAAACUGGCUAGCAGAAAGACCGGAGGCAUUCUGAAAGGUGGACCGAGCUUGUAUCAAGUUGAUCCCAGCGGCAGUUAUUUCCCCUGGAAAGCCACGGCGAUUGGCAAGAGUGCGACGAGUGCAAAGACAUUCUUGGAGAAGAGAUAUAAUGAUUCACUGGAGCUUGAAGACGCCAUCCACAUUGCCCUGUUAACAUUGAAGGAAACCAUUGAAGGAGAAAUGAACGGUGACACCGUCGAGAUUGGAAUAGUGGGAGAGCCCGCGAACCACCUGCUGGGUUACGAGGGCGUGGAAGGAGCCGUGGGCCCUCGGUUCCGCAAACUCAGUAAAGAGGAGAUUGAAGACUACUUGACGAACCUGUAA